AUGAGUUUCUAAGGAUUUUUGGUUAAGAAAACUAUUCAGUAAUUCCCAAUCAGACAAAAGCCUGUUUAUUAUGAUGAUUUCACUGAUUAAAAUUUUGUUCUAUUUAUCAACAAAAAGCUAGCUGAUCUACGAUUUUAAAGUGGCAGCAACGAUAUAUCAGCUAAGCGAAUAAUGAACCUAAAGAUCAAAAUACCAAAAGAUAAGAAUACUGAAGGACACAGAAUAAAAAGGAAGGCUUCAUUAAAACAAAAGUCUUUAUCUGUAUAAUAGGAAGAUUCGGAGAAAAAGUGUCGGUAUAAGUUUAGAUCUCCUCCAGUGAAACCUGAGGUUAGAUUGGCUUCCUAUUUAAAUGAUGAAUUACUUCGAUAGCAUUAAAUAAGUCCAUUGUAUUAGGAGUAUAAACUAGCCAAUUUGAAAGCUAACUUAGUAAAAUUGCAAGCCAAGAAAUCAUACUAAUUAAAUGAGUUAAAUCAUGUCGAAUUGGAAGAUGAAGAAUAAGUUAAAUAUUUUCUGACAGAGAUUUGCAGGAAUCACCCAGAGAUUGAUGUAGGGAAACUGUUGAGUGUAGAUGUGGAGAAAAAAGAAUUAAAAUUAGAUAAUUAGGAACAAAUAUUGAAGGAAUUAGUUUAAAAGAGAAUCAAGUAAGAAGAAUUAGAAUAGUUAAUGAAGCUGGAACAAUAGUACAAUUAAAAUCUAGUAAAUAUAUAUAAGGAGACGAGAUAUGAUUAAUUUGAACCUGAAUUCAAGAAAUAAGGAUAGAUUAAUAUGUGUAAGAUAAAAAGAUAAAAAGAAAUCCAAGACAGAAUGUUCUCUGAAAUAUUUAAAGUUAAAUCUCAUCAUUCCUCAAGGAAUACUACUGCAAAGCAUUUCUUUCAUUCCAAGAAGAAAACUCCAGAAUCAAAACAUAAAGUUACACUUUCAUAAUAAUUUACAGCUUCAAAUAACAUCUUUAUCUCAUAACCUACUACUGUAUAGAUGUCACCGUAAACUUCAAUGCAUCAAGAACUAAAACAGAUGACUACGUCUAUUGGCACUUUUAGUGACAGUAGGUCACCUAUUAAUAUUGUAAACACUGAUUUUAGUUAAAAAAUUAAAACUAUUAUGGAUAAAUGCGAAUUGUUUGAAGAUGAACACAAAAUAUCAAAUUAGGUAUUGAAAAAGAGAAUAAAUCUUAUGGGCAGAGAGUUGAAUACCUAUUUUGAAACAGCCAGAAGUAGAUACAAAAAUCAGGAUAUGGAAAUAGAUACAAAUGAAGGUUUUGAUAGAUUUUUAUAGGAAAACUAAUUUAAACGAAAAUUGAUUGAAUUUCAGGUUAGUUAAGUAUAGAAUUUACAUGAAGUAUUAAGUCAAAAAGCUAAAAGAGAAUUGACUAAUAAUUUUAUGGGAUCUGAUUUAGAAAAAUAGAAAUUAUUUUGA